CACCCCACACUCGCCCCCCCCCCCCACACUCCUCACACCACCAUCCCCAGCCAGCCAGCAGCAUGGGAAACAGCGGAUCGAAGAAGAAGAAGGGAAGGAGUGAGCACGGCUCACCGUCGAGAACUGGCCGCCGCGCCACCGUUUCCAAAGGCAUUUCCUUCGAUGACGACAAUAGCAAUGACAACAACAACGGUGCAAUGGAUGCGGCAAGAAGCAGCAGCAACAGCUGGCAUGGAAGGCGGCAGUCCAGCACACAGCGGUCCCAGAACCAACACCAGAGGUCGGCACACAGGCAAGGAAGGCGCGCAGAGGAAGAAGCAGAGGAUCCAUCGCAAACCAAUGCCAGCAUUGUGUCCAAUUACUCGCGCGUCAACGCCGAUUACGCGGAGAUUGAGCCCAGCGCGCCCAAGCUGGAAAUGACCGCCCUCACGCCGUCACACACAAACCCGUGGCGGUCCAUCCGGCACAAGAGCGCGCGUCCCAAGAAGAAGGUGCUCGGGUCCCUGAGCGUGCUGCUGGACGACGACGCGCGCGACAGCCCGUGGUACUGCUUGGCGUUUGAUAAGGAGGACGCCAUGCUGUUGCUGGAGGAGAAUGCGGAUCGCCUGGAGGACGGCGCAUUUGUCGUCACGUCCUCCGGCCUCGACUUUGCGAUGCUGACGCUCCUGCACAAAGGAGCGCUGGUGAACGUGCCAAUCAAGAACGAUGAGGACGGGCUGUACAUUCAUGCCACGACGACGGCCACGCAGAGCGCGAAGAAGGACCGGCGGUGCAGGUCGUGCGCGUGCCUGUCGGACCUGAUAGACCAGCUUGCGUCUGGGAAACCGCGGUACCUUCCGUGUUUGCUGCAGCCGCGCGCCCUCGACAGGGAAGAGUACCUCGAGGUCAUGGCCGAUGUGCAAAUACAGGAGGCAACGCCCAACGUCAGCUACGACCUGGGCCAUGCCGCCACGGGCGACUACGGCGUGGGUACCACCAGCCCGCCCUACCGCAGCGCGUUUGCAGAUGCCACGGGCUACGACAACAUUGGCGUGUCGUCUCCGCCCUCAGUGUACUACGCGCAGGCGAACAACGUGUCGAUGGACACGGUCGUCGACGACCCAAACACAGACGUGUUCAUGUCGCUGAAGGGCCACCACGCGUACGAUGAGGUGAGCGGUGGUGUUGGCGCCAACACAUCCGCAGACAGCGACGACGCGCGGUUGCGGCUGGCACACGCAUCUCCCAUGCGGUCCGACACAGCGCCACCGCCGCCGCCAGGGGACGAAGGGUUCAUUCGCAUCUCCCACACGUGCUUGAAUGGCCAGGGCAAGGUCAAGGGCAUCACCUUCCAGCCCUGCCAACAGAGCGAGUGGUUCUUCGUGGGACUGAGCAACGUGCUGAACAACUAUCACGGCGACAAGGACCUCCACUACAACGAUAUUGACUUUUGCAUCUUCUGCAGGGGCUCCGGCAAGGCGACGGCGCGCGAGUGUGAGGAUGAGGUUGGCCCGUUCAUCUCGUAUCGGCCCGGCGACACGUUUUCCAUUCGCGUGCGGCAGGAGAGCAAGCACCGCAGCGUCGUGGAGUAUGUGCACAACGGGUCCGUCUUCUACACGUCCACGCGCCGGCCGUCGUAUCCGCUGUGGGUUGACCAGGCCUUCCACCCAGCAUCCCUCGGCGUCGAGAUCAUCAAGAACGUCAAGUGGACCUGACCUGAGAGAUGAAAAGAGAAACAGGAGGAGGGCUGUUGAUACGCACACGAGCACAUACGUGCAUACGCACGCACAUAUUAUGCACACACGCA